GUGUGUUGCGCUAAAACCGGAAGUUGUUGGUGCAUUGCUGCAAAGAAAAAAAAAUGCCCAAGCUAAGCUGAAUGAAUGGAUGUUUUGAUGCACUGAGGUGUCUUUUUCUCACAUUAAUCCAAGAUGACAUAAAGGUUUAAGCUCAUAACUGUCUGUAGCGCUUCUGUCUUCCGCCAUUUCCCGCCUUUGCUGGUCUGGGUACCAUGGCAACCAGGAUGAAGCUGAAGCUGAAGACUGUGUUUGUGCUCUACUUCAUGGUCUCCCUCCUGGGCCUCGUCUAUGCACUGAUGCAGCUUGGUCAGCGCUGCGACUGCACAGAGCACGACAUACCUAAAGACCGUACCAUAUCUCGGCUGAGGGGGGAGUUGCACCGUCUUCAGGAGCAGAUGAGGAAGUCGGAGGCGACCAAACAGCCCCAGAAACAGCCAGCCAAGCCCACCCUUCCCACCAUCUUUGUCAUCACCCCGACAUACGCAAGGCUGGUGCAGAAGGCUGAGCUGACUCGUCUGUCUCAGACCUUCCUCCAUGUUCCUCAGCUUCACUGGAUCGUGGUGGAGGACUCUCCGCACAAGACUCCUCUGGUGACCGACCUCCUGGUCAAGAGCGGCUUGACCUACACACACCUACACAUGCCCACCGCCAAGGACCGCAAACUGCAGGAGGGUGACCCCAGCUGGCUGAAGCCUCGCGGAGUCGAGCAGAGGAACGAGGGUCUCCGGUGGCUCAGAGAAGACAGAAGGGCUCAGCAGGGAGGAUACAACCAGCAGGGAGUGGUUUACUUCGCUGAUGAUGAUAACACGUACAGCCUGCAGAUAUUUGAGGAGAUGAGGAGUACCCAGCGAGUGUCGGUUUGGCCGGUGGGGCUGGUUGGAGGGAUGAAGUAUGAGAGGCCUGUGGUGGAAGGAGGAAAGGUGAUUCGCUUUCAUACUGGCUGGCGUCCCAGUCGCCCCUUCCCCAUGGACAUGGCCGGCUUUGCUGUGUCCCUCAAACUGGUCCUGGCCAAUCCAGAGGCUUGUUUCGAUGGAGAUGCACCAAUGGGUUUCUUGGAAAGCAGCUUCCUUCAGGGAUUGGUUACCAUGGAUGAACUGGAGCCCAAAGCGGACAACUGCUCUAAAGUCCUUGUGUGGCACACACGGACAGAGAAACCCAAGAUGAAGAGAGAGGAGGCUCUGCAGGCUCAGGGACUGGGUUCAGACCCGGCUGUGGAGGUCUGAGGAACACUAACACACACAAACACACGCAUACACACACACACACACACACACACACACACACAGCCUACUCUGCUGUUUAAUGCUGCAUAUGUUACUGCGUUGUAAAUACUGUAAAAAAAAAAAAAAAGAAGAAGAAGAAAAUAUUGGUUAGAGGUGACAUUUAAAUUUACCUGGUUUUGACUGUCUGUUUUUUUUUGUGUGUGUCGGGUAAAAUGUAAUGUGAGUGUGUGUGUGUGUGUGUAUUGAGUGAGUGUGUGUGUUGUUGCAACUGUGCUGACUGUACGUUAGUGUAUAUAUCAGUCUCCUUAGGUCUCUCUUAGUUUUAGUGAGUUAGUUAAUUCGUCUUUGUCCAGCAGUGAAGAGGAUGAGGAAUCUGGAGUUGAAAUAAUCACCAGAUGGGGGCGCCAGUCUUAUAUUUUGCAGAGCCAUGCUGUCACACAACCGGUCCACUUUUGAUUAUAGCUGGAUUAUUAUGUAUCAUUGGUAGAGUUUUACAUGUUUACUUGUGCUCAGUGGAAAUCCUACGGUGUCACUCAUUCUUGAUAGCAGUUAGAUGUUUUUUUUAUGGUGAACUACACCAGGUCUGGCUCAGCUUCCUGUUUCUGUCCCCUGUGAUGGUUCCUGUACCUUCAUCAGUGCAGCCACCAACAUCUUGACCAAUUUUUGACUGAGAUACAACAACGGAGCACUUUAUUCAUGCAUGGCUUCUGUUUUUGCGUGAUUAGUCCCUAUAAAUCUGUAUUUUCAGCCAUAUAGAUACUUAGAAUUUUUUUUUUUAAACACACGCCAAAAACGACAUCAUCAUCAUACGCAUGAUAAUAAUCCUUCUGCAACACGUGUAAUCACAAUGUGGUAAUUUGCUGUCAAGAUAAUAGUAUUGUAGAGCAAAGAUAGUGCCAAUUUUUUGACAGUAAACAUUAUCCAUUACAUAAACAGCAGCUACAAAAUGCAUCAAACUGGGGAAAAAAUCCAACUAAAUAGUCGUUGCCUUGUCUUUAUCUCACUCUCAUACACUUGUGUUACAGGCACAACUGGUGCAACUUAGCAACACCGUCCUGCAACACAAACAUAACAAAUACAGAUAUGCGGAGGCUCCACACCCUGUGUAGUCGUAGAGAUAGAGCUCAGAGCGCAAAAUGCUGGUUAAAGCACGACACUAGUUCCAACUAGCAUUUUUAUAUGUAUAUUUUUAGUGAUGCUUUUUAGAAAUCAUAAGGUUUGUGGUAUCCAUUUAGAAGCCACAAAUAAGAGAACAGCACUACUGAAUAUAAAUUCCUUAUGCAAUAACAGAAUACAAAACACGCCGUCCGUGUUACAUCUCCACACUUUGAUAGUCAGAAUAACACUUCAAUUUGCCUUUAACAGGCAGGAAAUCCCUGGUACUUUACAGUAGCUGUAUUUCACAACUAUCUUUGACCAAAAAAAAAGCUUCAAAUAUAAAAUGAACUACUCGAGCUGUGCUUGAUUAUCUGCCACAACAUCCUCAGAGGUUGGAUGAAUGAAGAGCAAAAUAACCCAAAAGCUCAAAAAGUGCUUUUUGGCUACUGUUGUAUGAUACUGUAAAAAACAGCUAGUGCCUGCUUAUGUGUAAUUAGUGCCUGUAAGUCAGUUCUCUACUGGUGUAUAAUGUAUUUAUUACUGUAAUCAAUUGUUCCUUACAUUGUACAAUGUGAUAAUGUUUGUCCCUGGCCUUGACAAUAAACCUAGAUCAUGUAAAACAA